AUCAUUAAGCAACCAUGAUUCGCUCAACUGCUUUCAUCUUGGCUUUUCUUGCCGUUUCGGUGGCGAGCUUCAACUGCAAUGGAACAACUACUAUUGAAGCCCCAUCGGCACCAUCCAACACUACAUUCUAUCCACGUGGAUGGACUGGAAAAGGAUUGACUCCCCGCGCUCUUCCCAAUCAAGUAUGCUUUUUUACUGUCAAUGUCCCAAAAGGAUAUUUUGCCACAGUCACUUUUAACAAGAGAUUCAACAGUACUUUAGGAGCCUAUAUGGUGUAUUCUAAUCAUAAAAUGAUGAUGCUCAAUGACAAUGACCGUAACCCAUUCAUCUUUACUCAUCCAAAAUUCCAAAUUAACUUGGCAAUUGGAAACUCGACUACCACUCCAGAUACUACUUUCGGAUUCAAAGUUGUUUGGUCAAAAUUCCCAGAACUCCAGAAAAACUUUGUGAAUAUCACAAGAGGAAAUGCUCCAAUUGCAGUUCGUCCAACAAGUAAUCUAACAACAUUUGUUGGAGAAAACAAUUCACAUAUUUCAUUAAUGGCAUUCUCAAUGGCAAACAGCACAUUGAACCAUCUUCUUCGUCAAACUCUCAUUUUCAGUGGAGAAUCAGUAUUGGAUGAAUUUAUUGGAACACUUGGACAAGUAUUGGAAUCAAAGCAACAAUUAACUGCGUAUGGAAAUAAGAUUUCAGUGCAUACUUUUGGAUUGAAUAGUUCAAUUGAUUAUCCUCUUUUUAUGGGCCAACACUUUGAAGAUACAAAUGGAACAAUGAUGUAUCAAGGUGCAAAUUGUCCAUCUUCUGGAAAUUGUACUGUCACUUUGAAUUCACAUUCUGGACGUUCUUGGACUGUAACAAGUUUCCACGGUCCUGAAUACAUCAAAAGCUUCAAAUCUUUCCCGGAUACUGCUGUGAUUAAUGUCUACGAAAACCGUAUUUCUAACACAACCUGCGUUGCCAAAUUGACAAGCUCCAAUUAUAAGAAACAACUACCACUCAAAGUGAACGGAAACAUGAAAUUCUACGAGUUGAAGGGAAAUGGUGUCUAUGAAAUGGUUCUCACCAGAGAUGCCACCAGAGCUUCAAGACUUCAUAUUUAAUUUUUUUGUUAAUUGUUUUAAAAUGAAAAAUUAGCAACAU